AUGACAUUAACAACAGCUACUUGUUGUGCCAUUGCUGCAUCAGGAUUAACACUUCUUGUGUGUCUUCUAGCCAUUUCUAAUGUUUACAAUGAUGUUCAAUCUAUUUGGGCAGAAAUUGAUCGUGAAAUGGAUACAUUUAAAGCACAAUCCGUUGAUUUAUGGGGUGAUAUGUUAAAAUUAGGAGCUGACACUCCAGCACAUCGUAUUCGUAGACAAAACUAUGGUGGUUAUGCUGCUUCACAACCUGUUGAAGCUCCUCGUGUCACACAAGUUUGUGUUUGUCAAGCUGCUCCAGCUUCUGGUGCAGGAGGAAGCUCCGGUGUACCAAAUGGAGCAAGUGCUGAUUCUGCAUUUGACUAUACAAAAGAUACUUCUGGAGGACACUGUCCUGCUGGACCAGCUGGACCACCAGGAGAACCAGGUGCUAAUGGAAUUCCAGGAAUACCUGGAAAAGAUGGUAAGAAUGGUUUAGAUGCUGAAAGUGUUAAAAAUACACCAACAAGUGGCUGUUACACAUGUCCAACUGGACCACCUGGAAUUCCAGGACUUGUUGGAAGAUCUGGAGCACGUGGUCCAAGAGGACCAAGAGGAACACCUGGAAAUCCAGGUUUUGAUGGACUUCCAGGUGAAUGUGGUGAACCUGGACCUGAUGGAGCUCCAGGACCUGAUGGUGAAGCUGGAACACCAGGAAUUAAAGGACAAGAUGCUGAAAGAAUUAUUGGAAGAAAAGGUUUACCAGGAGCACCUGGAGAUGUUGGUCCAGCCGGUGAUGAAGGAGAAGCAGGUGAUCCAGCACCUCCUGGCCCACCAGGUCCACCAGGACCUCUUGGAGCAGAAGGAUUUAUUGGACCAGCUGGUAUUGAUGGAGAUGAAGGUGUACGAGGAGAUCAAGGAAAACCUGGAAAAGAUGCCAAUUAUUGUCCCUGCCCACCAAGAGGACAAGAUAAACAUCAACCAAUACAUAGAAAAUCAUCUUCUAAAUCAGCUGCACCUCAUGGUGUUAAUUCUGCUUCUUACAACGCUGGUCCAGAAUAUAAAACUGGAUAUGAUUCUCCAGUAAGAGCUUAA